GUUGUUCUUCAUGUCACCUGUUUGUUUUAUAUGUUUUUGAUUUGGCAUGGUUUGUCUCAUUGAAAUUAACAAGCAAAUCGUUGAUGUGUUACUUUUGUAUUAAAUUUUUUGGUGAUCUUUAAAAUAAAUAAAUUUAUUUUCUAAUAAAUAUUAAACGUUAAACCUAAACUGUAUUUUGUUGUCGGUAUGAUUCUCUAAAUAAUAAGCUGCCAUCUGCUGGUUCUUGUUUCACCCUGGUGUCAAGGAAACUCGUGCCAGCGUAUGAAACAACUUUUACCUUUGUGAACGCGGAGGGUGUGACAGUAAUCGGAAAUUAAAAUAAUUAUAAAUAUAUUUUAAUGACAAUAUUUACACGUUCUUAGCAAUGGUUAACUCGCACCUGAUAUUAUUUGCGUGAUAUUGCUACGUCACUAUUAUUACUUUGUACGCACCGGCAUUUUGGACACGAGUAGGUUGCUUAUUGAACUUGUAAAAAUGGCGUCGGAUCUUCAGUCAUCGAAAAGUCGGUUGCAGGUCUUUAAAAAUAAAGGGAAAGAUCAAGAUGAGAUGCGAAGGCGGCGAAAUGAGGUGACCGUAGAGUUGAGGAAGAAUAAGAGAGAAGAAACACUACAGAAAAGGAGAAAUGUACCAGUGGCAGACUCAACAGAUGAAGAUGACAUUGAAAAGACUUUGUCCACCACGAACCUGGAACAGCUUGUCGCAAGCGCAGCUAGCGAUAAUCCUGUUGUGCAGUUGAACGCCGUCCAAUCAGCCCGGAAGCUCCUCUCGUCAGAUCGCAACCCACCAAUCGAUGCUCUCAUUGAAAGUGGAAUACUGCCAAUUCUCGUUCGAUGCCUUGAAUGCCAUGACAACCCAUCUCUGCAGUUCGAGGCAGCCUGGGCGUUAACUAACAUUGCGAGUGGCACGUCGGCACAGACACAGGCGGUGGUCGGGGCCGGAGCUGUUCCUCUCUUCCUCUCGCUACUGCUCUCGUCCCACCAGAAUGUUUGUGAGCAGGCUGUUUGGGCCCUGGGUAACAUAAUCGGUGAUGGUCCACAACUGCGUGACUAUGUGAUCGGACUGGGUGUGGUGAACCCCCUGCUCACGUUCAUCAAGCCCGACAUCCCCAUCAGCUUCUUGAGGAACGUCACCUGGGUGAUUGUGAACCUGUGCAGGAACAAGGACCCUCCGCCGCCCGUCCAGACCAUCGCGGACAUACUACCAGCUUUGAACAUGCUCAUUCACCACACAGACAUCAAUAUCCUGGUUGACACAGUUUGGGCACUUAGUUAUUUGACAGAUGGUGGUAACAAGCAAAUACAAAUGGUUAUCGACAGUGGAGUUGUCCCAAAACUUAUCCCUCUGUUGUCACACAAGGAAGUCAAGGUACAGACGGCAGCUCUCAGGGCAGUGGGGAACAUAGUGACAGGCACUGAUGAACAGACACAAGUAGUACUGAACUGCGAUGCUCUGUCUCACUUCCCGGCUCUGCUGACACACCAGAAGGAGAAAAUCUGUAAGGAGGCAGUGUGGUUCCUGUCAAACAUCACUGCGGGGAAUCAGCAGCAGGUGCAGGCUGUCAUAGAUGCAGAUCUGCUGCCAAAAAUAAUUAGGAACUUGAGCAAAGGGGAGUUCCAGACACAGAAGGAAGCGGCGUGGGCCAUCAGCAACCUGACGAUCAGCGGUAACCGCGAGCAGGUGGCGCGGCUCAUUCAGGAGGGCGUGAUCCCCCCCUUCUGCAACCUGCUGGGGUGCAAGGACUCGCAGGUCAUCCAGGUGGUGCUGGACGGCAUCAACAACAUGCUGAAGCUAGCCGGGCCGCAGGUGGAGGCGCUCGCCAACAUGAUAGAGGAGUGCGGAGGUUUGGACAAAAUUGAAGGUCUACAGAACCACGAAAACGUUGAGAUUUACAAGUUGGCAUACGACAUAAUUGAACAGUACUUCUCUGAAGAUGUUGAAGACGACCCAAAUGUGGCGCCACAGUCGUCAGACGCGGGCUACCAGUUUGAUCCCAACACCAGCAUACCCAGUGACGGAUUCAAGUUCUAACACGGCUCCGUGCAAUGCUGCAUGCACACUCGCAGUUACAGUGCAAAUGCAACACCUUGAAGGAUGGACAUGUGAAACUGCUUCCAGCCUGUACAUGUAUCCGUUGUUUAAAACAUGACAUGGUAUAUAUAUUUUAAAAAUUAUUACCGCUUGUGCUAACGACAACUCGACCUGUUCUUUGACACCAGCAUCACUUAAAUUCUUCAAUGGAUAGUUCAGUUGAUGACAAGUGUAUUGCUUUACUAUCUCCUUUUGAAUCACUAAAGGUGAAAGCUGCUGUAGUUGAUGUGAUGAAAUUGGAUGAAUGCUAACGUAUUACGCAUUGGUUCUAGAAUCAGAGGUUUUUUUUUGUCAUAAUUGUUAUUUGUGAAGUUUAUUAAUAAAAUUUAAGUUGUAUUUAAUCAAA